CUGGCAGGCGCCCUGGCCAUGGAGGACUGCAACGUGCGCUCAGCAGCGAGCAUCCUGGCCUCGGUGAAGGAGCAGGAGGCACGCUUCGAGAGGCUGACACGGGCACUGGAGCAGGAGCGGCGCCAUGUUGCCCUGCAGCUGGAGCGCGCCCAGCAGCCCAGCAUGGGCAGUGGUGGUGUAGGCUGUGGGCAGCCCCUGCCGAUGGCCUGGCAACAGCUGGUCCUGCAGGAGCAGAGUCCGGGGAGCCAGGCCUCGCUGGCCACAAUGCCAGAGGUGCCUGAGGUGCUGGAGGAGACAGUGACAGUGGAGGAGGACCCCGGCACACCCACCUCCCAUGUGUCCAUUGUCACAUCUGAGGAUGGCACAACCCGGCGUACAGAGACCAAGGUCACCAAAACGGUCAAGACGGUGACCACGCGGACAGUACGCCAAGUGCCUAUGGGCCCAGAUGGCCUCCCACUGCUGGAUAGUGGUCCCCCACUGGGCUCCUUCGCUGAUGGCCCCCUAGACCAGCACUUCUUGCUGCGUGGCAGUGGCCCAGCAGCCACGCUCUCCGGUGCCUACCUUGGUGGUGGGGUUGGCUUCCCUGAUGGCCCUGAGCCCCGUGACGGGCCCAGCUAUGGCAGCCUAUCCCGUGGGCUGGGUGUGCGGCCCCCCCGCAGUGGCCCCCUUGGUCUAGGCCCCUGUGAUGGCUGUUUUACAUUGCCUGGCCGCCGUGAGACUUUCCCGGUGGGUCCUGAGCCUGCACUGCUGGGUGGCUGCUCCCUGCCUGAGCGCUUCCAGGCAGAGCCGUAUGGUUUAGAGGAUGACACACGGAGCCUGGCUGCUGAUGACGAGGGUGGCCCUGAUCUGGAUCCCGACUAUGGCACAGCUGUGCGGCGGAGGCCUGACUGUGGGAGAGGCCCUCACACUAGGCCCUACGAGGAUGUAGCAGAAGAUGGUGGUGAGCUGCUGGAUGAGCGGCCUCUGUUCCCCCCAGUAACGGCACCCCUGGCACAGCCUGAACGGGGCAGCCUGGGCAGCCUGGACCGGGUGGUGCGCCGCUCGCCCUCAGUCGACAGCGCCCGCAAGGAGCCGCGCUGGCGGGACCCUGAGCUGCCUGAGGUGCUAGCCAUGCUGCGGCACCCUGUGGACCCUGUGAAGGCAAACGCAGCUGCCUACCUGCAGCACCUGUGCUUUGAGAAUGAGGGUGUUAAGCGGCGCGUACGGCAGCUGCGGGGGCUGCCGCUGCUUGUGGCGCUAUUGGAUCACCCACGGGCAGAGGUACGGCGUCGGGCCUGCGGGGCACUACGUAACCUCUCCUAUGGCCAUGACACUGACAACAAGGCUGCCAUCCGGGACUGUGGUGGCGUGCCUGCCCUGGUGCGCCUGCUGCGGGCUGCCCGGGACAAUGAGGUCCGUGAGCUGGUCACAGGCACACUGUGGAACCUGUCGUCCUAUGAGCCCCUGAAGAUGGUCAUCAUCGACCAUGGCCUGCAGACGCUGACUCACGAGGUCAUCGUGCCCCACUCGGGCUGGGAGUGUGAGCCCAACGAGGACUCAAAGCCAAGGGAUGCCGAGUGGACUACUGUCUUCAAGAACACAUCCGGCUGCUUGAGGAACGUGAGCUCAGAUGGCGCAGAGGCCCGGCGGCGCCUCCGAGAGUGUGAAGGGUUGGUUGAUGCACUCCUGCACGCGCUGCAGUCGGCUGUGGGCAGGAAGGACACCGACAACAAGUCGGUGGAGAACUGUGUGUGCAUCAUGCGGAACCUGUCCUACCACGUGCACAAGGAGGUGCCUGGUGCUGACAGGUACCAGGAGGCCGAGCCUGGGUCCCCGGGCGGUGCUACGGGCUCCCAACGCAGAAGGCGGGAUGACACAGGCUGCUUUGGCGGCAAGAAGGCCAAAGGAAAAAAAGACAGUGAGAUGGACCGGAACUUUGACACGCUGGAUCUGCCCAAGCGAACAGAGGCUGCCAAAGGCUUUGAGCUGCUGUACCAGCCCGAGGUGGUACGUCUCUACCUCUCUCUCCUCACGGAAAGCCGGAACUUCAACACCCUGGAGGCUGCAGCUGGCGCCCUGCAAAACCUCAGUGCGGGCAACUGGACGUGGGCCACGUAUAUCCGCGCCACGGUACGCAAGGAGCGCGGUUUGCCGGUGCUGGUGGAGCUGCUGCAGUCCGAAACAGACAAGGUGGUGCGCGCCGUUGCCAUCGCUCUGCGCAACCUCUCCCUGGACCGGCGCAACAAGGACCUCAUUGGGAGCUACGCCAUGGCGGAGCUGGUGCGGAACGUGCGUAAUGCGCAGGCGCCGGCGCGCUCCGGCGCACAGCUGGAGGAGGACACAGUGGUGGCUGUGCUCAACACAAUCCACGAGAUCGUGUCCGACAGCCCGGACAACGCGCGUUCGCUACUGCAGGCCCGCGGCGUGCCUGCGCUCGUGGCACUGGGCGCGGCCAGUCAGUCGGUACGGGAGGCGAAGGUUGCGUCGCACGUGCUGCAGACGGUAUGGAGCUACAAAGAGCUGCGCGGUGCCCUGCAGAAGGAAGGCUGGACCAAGGCCCGCUUCCAGUCGGCUGCUGCUGCGGCCAAGGGCCCCAAGGGGGUGCUGAGUCCAGGGGCCUUUGAUGACAGCACGCUGCCGCUGGUGGACAAGAGUGUAGAUGGUGAGAAGCCAGGAAGCCGGGAUAUGAUCCCCAUGGAUGCACUGGGUCCAGAUGGAUACUCCACUAUUGACCGGCCAGAUCGAAGGGCCAGGGGCAGUGAGCCUACAGGAGAGGUCUUUGAGAAGGAGCCCUCGAAACCCGAGCCUGGCAGGAAGGCCCCUCUUCCCGGGCCCAGCAGGGCCGCGGUCAGGCUGGUGGACGCCGUGGGGGACGCUAAGCCUCAGCCCGUUGACUCCUGGGUCUAGCUUGCAUGCCUGGGCCAAGGCCCAGCUGUUUAUUCUUAGGACUUUUUAUCGUGGGAAGAAUGGGAUCUCCAGCGCCUCGUUGAGUGGAGUUUGGAGCCUCCUGGUGGCAGGGGUUGGCAGCACCUCUUCUGGUCCCUCCACCCACAGACAGGGCCAGGCCUUCUAGAUACCCCUGCUGUCCCCCUGAGCUCCUCCUUCCCUCCACUCUCCCUAACUCCCUAGGCCCUGCGUUAGAUGUUUACUGACAUGGUGCUGUAUGAGAGAAAAGGCCAGGCUGCCCCAGAAAGGUGGCCCGGCUCAGCGGGUGGCCAAGUGACCAAGAGAGCGUGCCUGGUGUAGGACUAGGAGACCAUAUACGUGUGCACAGUGGCUGUGCAGCGCCUGCCUUGGAGAAGAACGGGGACCAGAGCCAGGCACACAGGUGGCCACGGCCUGGAGGGUGAGGAGCAGGACAUGGAGGGAGGAUGGAGGGGUUCUUCAGGCUCCCCCAUCCCACUCUGCAUGCAGGCAGCCCACACAGCUGCUACAAGGGGUCUGGCCCGGCAGACGGAUCAGGCUAAGUGUGGCCCUGCCCUGUCCUGGGAGACCUGUGGAUGCACAGAGCCCCGGGCAGUGGAAACCUUUCCUGAACUGACUCUGGCCCUACGGGCCAGGCCAUGCUGCUGCAGCUGUCCAGGCCGUCCCACAGCGCCUCUGGGACUGACCUCCAGCAGCAGCGGGGGUCACUGUUCAGUGCCUGCUGUUUGUAACUUAAAAAGAGAAGAAAAACACUGACAAAAAACAUUAAAAACAAAACCAAAAUAUGACCGUAUUGGUAAACACCUAGAUUUUUGUAAGAAAUUUUGAAAAUUAAAAAAGCAGCAAAGGAA